AUGCGUCUUACUAAAUAGUGGGUGCCCUAUAGUUUCACAUUUAAGUUGUAACCCAUGAAGCAUUUUCAGAACCACAGCUCAUGGAUAGUCACACUGACUGCAGGUUAAUUGUCUUGUGUGUAUUGCUGCUUAAUUUACUAUGGAGCAAGAGCCUGGUGUUGUAUUUAAGUGUGGAAACUUAAUGUAAUCGUUUACCAGAAUAAAUAUAUUUUCAUUUUUACAGGCUUUAAGCCGUUAUAUUUCUUUUCCUUCUAAAUGGUUGGCAAAUUAAUGUUAAAAUGGUCUGCUCGUGUUCAUGAUUUUCAUUCUUUGGACAGUAAGGGACGCUGUUGGUCAGUGAAACAAUUAUUCAGAGUUGAAUCAGUGGAGGCACAGCCCUCCUUUUUUCCGUUGAGACAGGAGAGAAGGCAGAGUGUGCUUCAUAAGCAGGACUACGGCCACAAUUUCAUUCAGAGCGAGGACUUUAAAAUCCAAAGAUUUCUGGAUGUGACUGCUUUUUUUUCUCAGUGGAUUAUAAACAACGGGCUGUGGGUCUCACCAGUUUCUGUUUGUGCUAUGGCUUUUGAAAAAUCUCCUCACAAAAAAUGGCGUUUGCAUUGCAGGUCAGUAUGGCCGCUUCUGCUGUUCCUUUGGUGUCUCAGUCACAUAGUGUCCGGUCAAAUCAGAUAUACAAUUCCGGAGGAGCUGAAAAAGGGGGCUCUUAUUGGUAACGUUGCUCAAGACCUUGGUUUGGAUGUGCAAAGGCUCCGUUCUGGUCGUGCCCGUAUCGUGACCAGACAAAGCAUUCAGUACACCGAGCUAAAAACAGACAAAGGCGUUUUAAUCGUAAACGAGAGAAUAGACCGAGAGCAGCUUUGUGGAGACGUAACACCGUGUAGCUUCAGCUUUGAGGUGAUUUUGGAAAAUCCUAUGGAAUUACAUCGAGUUACAGUGGAAAUAACUGACAUAAAUGACAACUCCCCGACGUUUAGGAAGGAUGAAAUUAAAUUUGAGAUAAGUGAAUCUGCCACACUGGGAUCACGCUUUUUGUUAGCCAGUGCUGAAGACGCAGACGUGGGCAGUAACGGUCUACAGAAAUACAUACUAACUACGAGUGACAUUUUUGGUUUAAAGCAGCAUUCAACUCCAGAUGGUCGAAAAUAUGCCGAGAUGAUCUUACAAAAGCCGUUAGAUAGAGAAAGCGAGCCAAGAAUAACGCUGAAGCUCGUUGCUGUUGACGGUGGAACUCCCCCGAGAUCUGGAACAGUAAAUAUAGAUAUUACAGUGCUUGAUGCUAAUGAUAAUCCUCCCAUUUUUAAUCAGUCUCUGUAUAGGGCUACUGUCUCGGAGAAUGCAUUGAAAGGCACCUAUAUCACAACAGUGAAUGCAAGUGAUGCAGACAGUGGAUCAAACGGGUUCAGAACUUAUAGAUUUUCAAACAUGAAAGAGCAGCUGGCUGACAUAUUUCAUUUAGACGAAACUACGGGGAUCGUUACACUUGUAGGACAAGUAGACUAUGAAAAAGAUAAAAAAAUAUGAAAUUAUGAUUGAAGCCAUGGAUCAAGGUGGUCUGACUGAUUCAAGUAAGAUGUUAAUUGAGAUUACAGACGUCAAUGAUAAUGCACCUGUCAUAAAUGUGAUGUCAUUCUC